AUGAAUUUAGAGAUAAAAGGUGGAGGGUCAGAUAAGGACUAUAAAUUGUAAUUGUUCAUUUAACUGUAGUCAAAGUUAAAUGAUAAAAUUCAAGAAAAUAUUUUCAAUGAUCUAGUUAAAUAUAAGACACAAGAAGAAUUGAUGAAAUUUAAAUUUAUGAUUUCCUUUCUAUAGAUCUUAUAAAUAAUGUAUAAUAAGGAUGGAUUAUCUAUAAAAGUAAGUCAUUUUGAGCAAACAAAAAAUUAGUUGGAUUAACUAAUAAUAAAGCUUAAAUAAAAUGGGAAGUAACAACAGUUACAGUUGUAGUAUUAUAUGAUAAAGGUAAAACAUUUGUCUUAAAUAAUCUUACUUAAUCUAAUUUAUCUUCAUGAAAAAAAGUAAGAGUUAAAGGAAUUUUUUUUAAACAUGUUAAUGUUGAUUCAGCUAUUGAUCACAUUGAUUGCAUUUAAGAAUUCCAGAUAUUAUAUAAAACUGGAAGAAACAAAUAAGUGA